UUUUUGGACCACUGUCUGGAGUUGCAUACUUGAGAAGAGACGCGAGAGAGGGCAACUUCUGCUUGUAAUCAUUACACGUCGUUGCGCUUGGCUUCUUCUGCAAGGAUGUAUACGACGGGACUGAAUCCCUUUUACGCAUCGAAUUUUAGCCUUUGGACUGCGUACUGUUCGGGCGGUUUUGCGGUGGAUACCAUGAAAAAACCCUCGUUUUGCAUUGCUGAUAUUCUGCACGUUGGAGAGGCUGAAAACAUCCCCGGGUCAUCGGCGCUUAUGGCCCAUAUUGGGGCCCGGACGCAAGUUCAUUCGUCCGGAUCUCCGCUGCGCCCUUCCCCGGUCACUCCGGACGCGUCGCCGGUGUUCGGCGCAAGGGUGACUCCCGCGUCUGCGUAUCACAGGCAUGGAAUACACUUGACAUCUGUGUCCAGAGCCGCGAUUAACGCGCAGUCCGCGCCUCCACCGUCCAGUAAAGACCUCAAAUUCGGAAUUGAUCGGAUAUUAUCCGCAGACUUCGAGCCAAAUGCGAAAGAAACUUUAUUACGAGAUCUCACGUCGAUUGUUAGUCCGAAUCGGCAGUCAGCAGUCCAUGUAUCUGCGAGCCCGUACUUCGCGUCCAUGAGCGAAACCUCCUCCAUGAUGGGUUCUAUAGGCAAUGCCGCCAGACAAUCAGGGCAACAUCAGUUUCAGGACACCUUCCCAGGGCCGUAUGCAGUUCUAUCCAAAGACACAAUGCCACAGACGUACAAGAGAAAAAGAUCCUGGUCCAGAGCCGUGUUCUCCAACCUCCAGAGAAAAGGACUCGAGAAACGUUUCGAAAUCCAAAAGUAUGUCACGAAACCGGACCGGAAACAACUGGCUGCGAUGCUGGGCCUCACCGAUGCACAGGUCAAAGUUUGGUUCCAGAACCGACGAAUGAAAUGGAGGCAUUCCAAAGAAGCGCAGUCCCAGAAGGACAAAGAGAAAGAGGAUAAACCGGAUAAAUCCGCGAUGGAGUCUGAACAGAAAGAACGCAACGAUUCCGAAUGCGACAGCGAACCGAGCGAGUCCGAAUUCGAGGAUGCGCCGGAUGACAAAAGCGACGUGGACAUUUCGGAACUCAAUAAAGCAAGUGUGAUUAUUCCUGGACCGGUUCCCUUGAGCACAGAGGACACAUCCACAACAAACUGCAUGACAGAACCGAGCACAGCGACGCAAAUGCUGCUUUGAGGAGCCGGGAAUCGAAUAAUCUGAUGUGAACAAAUACUAUACAAGUCACAAUUGAAGUGUCUUACAAGACAGACUUGAGCCAUGGUGACACAGACAUUGUUGCCCAUUGUGAAACAGAAAUAUCCUUUAAUUGUUUAUAUUGAUUUGGGAAUUGCAGGGGCGUAGCAGUCAUUUUAAAAGGGGGGACACAGUUGUCAGUAGGUGGCUCGCACAGACCCAACACCUACAGUGCAGUAUUAAUAUUUUACAAUAUAUAUUAAUACAUAAGUAAUAUAUACUUGUAGUAUUUUAAAGAUUCAAGUAUUGCAAAAUUAGCUGUAAAAAUAAAGGGCAUCAUGUGGCGCACUUACUUCUGUUUCACACAUGACAAUAAAAGACUGAGCACAAGCUGGUCCUAAAUUAUUUAAUCAAGUACAAUAAUGACAAUUGUGCGUGUGCACAAUUUAAUUUUUUACUCUGUGCUUGUGCAUUGUGGGAUUUAAAUGUAUCCAAGUGGCUCAAAUGUUUUGACUAUGUUCACCAAAAUGAAUUCAUAUCCAUUUAAUGAUUCAGUGACCAUUUCUGGUGAUGCCAGAAGGUGGUGACAAAUGAGUGUCUUGUGUGAAUCACUGAAUCAACAAUCAAAAGAACAUUUGAAUCCUUUAAAAUGUGCAUGUCUACAGACCUACAAACAGACUUCAGUAGAGGUUUUAAGCAUUAGAAGAACAAAGCAAAUCUAUCAUUUCCCUACAGUUUGUGAGCUGCUGAGCAUGACUUUUAUCAUAAGACAACAAUAAUAGUCUUAUAAUAAUUAAAAGAGUUCCAAUAACGUCUGUACGUUUUCAUGUAUAAGAAAAUGUGUCUAUAUAUCUAUUGACUUCAGUAAAAUGCAUAAGUGUUCUAAGAACAAGGCAGAUUGAUCUUUUUUCCUCCAGUUUGUCGACUGCACACCAACAUGGAAGUAAAAAACAGGAGCUGAUAUUAAAAAUAGCUUUACAUAUUUAACAUCGAUCUAGUAAUCUGCUUAAAUUGGCAAAAACAUCCGAUCAAACUAUUACCUCUCAAAAAGCAUAACUUAAUGAAGACUCAUGCGCUGACAUAAAAUCACCUUUUUAAAGAGUGCGGAGGACGUGUCCCCCACGUCCCCCACGGCUGCUACGCCCUUGGGGAAUUGAUUGUUCAUGAAUUAAGACAUUUUGAUAAACUUGAUUGUAUUAUAUUUUGUCUGUAAGUAUUUGCACUGAAAAUGUAAAUAAAAGUUUGUUACUAGCCUAUUCAAAGUGGUGUAUGGAAAUUACCAAUGCACUUUCAAGAUAUCAAUUCAGUCAAGAUUAAAGAGAGCUGCAAUCUAAAUUUGAACUACUAAAGCAUGUCCUCCGUGGCUAUAUUUGUGCAAAAAUAAUGGGACAGUUAUGAAGUUAGUCUAAAAUAUAUAUUUUUUUAUACAUUAUUAUUAUACCAUUUAACAAGUAGCUUAUAUGUUAAGUUUAAAAAUAUUAAUAAAGGGCUGAUAAGUGGUUA